AUGCCCCAAGAACUGUUCGUCAUCCACGGCGGGCUCUACCCCCAACGCCUCCUCCUCUACCUCUCAGAAAAACGCCUACUCAAUUCCCCAGAUUUGAAGAUCACCACAUGUACAAUGUCUGGGUUAAAAAUGGUUGCUCCGGGGAAACCUCCUGGGACGCUACCUAUCCUUGUCACUGGACCUGAUGAACAUAUUAAGCAAUCCAUCGCUAUAAUGGAAUACUUCGAAGAUGUCUGCGAUAAUCCUGAGAGCCGAUUCCAACAAGCAGCACCAAGCAUGCGUGGCAAAACGCCGGAAGAAAGGGCUCGGACGAGAGAGAUCGUCUUGCUAGCCGAAGAAGCAACGACGUAUUUCUCAACUGCGGCUCAUAAGGGGAAUGCAAUGUUUGCCCUCAUGGAAGAGCAAGACCCAAAGUCUUCAAGGCUUGCGAUGGAAUCUUGCCGCAAGACCCUUAAGGUUCUUGAAGAGUAUUAUCAAGAUGAUCGACGCUUUGAGGGACCGAAAAAUACCACGGACAGCGAGGGAAGCGGAGUUACGAUUGGGGAUUGCGUUUUGUUUUCGCUCUUGCAGUUUUCCAAGAGGUUCUAUGAGCGGGAUCUAGUAGAGAAACUACACAACUUAAGGAAAUUUUAUGAAGGGUUUGCGGAGAGGGAGAGCGCACAAGUUAAGGAGGAAGUAUAUCCGGACGAUACUAGAGCUUUAGCAUCGCAUUGGAUUCCCGAGUCAGAAUCUCUGCCGCAGAAGUUAAAGGAAGGGUUGAAAGUGACGGGUCUGUAUUUGAGCGUUUGCGGAAGCUUGGUAGUGAGGCUUGUGGGGUGGAAGAAGUAG